CCUCACAGCAACGAGAGCCCAUCGCCGAUACACCGCUCUCCAUGGCCGGCGACGCCACCGCCCCCCAGGUCGUCGACGACUGCCGCGGCGUUCUCCGUGUCUUCGAUGACGGCUCGAUCUGGCGCUCCCUCAAUCCUAGCUUCACCACCACCGUCUUCGACGACGGCUCUAUCGAAUGGAAGGAUCUCCCCUUCGGUUCCCCCGAUCUCGGUCUCCAUCUCCGCCUUUAUCGCCCCUCCAACCCCUCCUCCUCUUCCCCUCUCCCGAUCUUCUUCUACUUCCAUGGCGGUGGCUUCUGCAUCGGCUCCCGCACCUGGCCCAAUUGCCAGAACUACUGCUUCCGCCUCGCCCGCGAUCUCUCCGCCAUCAUUAUCGCCCCCGAUUAUCGCCUCUCACCCGAGCACCCCCUCCCCGCCGCCAUCCACGACGGCUUCGCCUCUCUCGACUGGCUCCGCUCCCAAGCGUCCGAAGCCAACCCCGACCCCUGGCUCUCCCCCUCCUCCGCUGAUUUCUCCCGCAUCUUCAUCUCCGGCGACUCCGCCGGCGGCACCAUCACUCACCACCUCUCCCUUCGUUCCUCCUUCUCCGAUCCAUCCCCAAUCCGGAUCCGUGGCUUCAUCCUUCUCAUGCCCUUCUUCGGCGGCGAGAUCCACACCUCGUCGGAGACCGAGUGCCCGCCGGACGCGUUCCUAAACCUAGAACUCAACGAUCGGUAUUGGAGACUAUCUCUUCCACGUGGCGCGACGAGAGAUGACCCGAUAUCGAACCCCUUCGGUCCAGGUGGACCGGACCUGGAAUCGGUUCGGUUCGAGUCGAUGAUGGUUGUGGUUGGGGGGAAGGACUUGUUAAGAGAUCGGGCGGUGGAGUAUGCGGGAUGGUUGAAGGAGCUUGGCAAACCGGUCCAGUUGGUCGAGUUUGUAGACCAACAGCAUGGUUUCUUCACACUUGACCCCUGGUCUCAACCGUCCGAUCAACUUAUGGCCUCGAUCAAACGGUUCAUGCAAGACAAUCACUCCGCUUGAGUGAUACGCAGGUAUAACACUCUGUUCAUUUCUCAUGUGCUUGCUUUUAUGCUUGCAUGUUUGCUUUUACAUUUAAAGUUAAUUUGGGAAAUUUUAAAAAUAAUAAAUAAUUAAAUAAUUAAAUAAUAUGGUUCUUGAAAUAGUUUGAUUUCAUAUAAACUUUAAUAUUUGAAGAAGAGAAGAGGAAAAAUUGUCUUAUGGAUUAUGAUUAUGGUUAAUGACUUUUAAUAUAAAAGACAGGGAUAAGGUGCGUGUUUGAAUGAAUUAUCAUGGA